AUGAUUAGAAGUCCAGAUCUGGACUCCUUUCUUUGUUGUGCUGUAUGUUCAAAAGUAAUACCACCACCACCUUCCAACGCUACUUUUAAUCGGAUCCGGGAGUAUAAGCCUUUCAGAACACGGUAUUACACUCACCAUGACAUACUAGAGAUUGGAGCAGACAUUCAGAAAGAACAAGAAAGAAAGAAGGAGGCAGAGACAGAAGAGCGCAUUGCAAAAAUGAAAGCUGAACUUUUGUCUCAGGCUGAAAUGCACAAGAAGGAUGCAGUGGAUGAAGCUCUCAAAGAGGCAGCUGCCAAGCACAGUGCAUUUGUUCAAGUCCUUAAACAAAAACUUCGAAAGGAAUUAAAGAAAGAGGUGAGGAAGGUGAAGGUGGAGAUGCAGAAGUACAUAGAGCAUGAGUGGAAGAGAGAGACUGAAGCUGCCAAGCAGCGCAUGGCUCACAGACUUCAAUGUACCCUCAUGGAGUGUGCCCGGGAGAAGAUGCAAGCAGUGGCUGAGGCCAGGAAACAGGAGAGGGAGGCAGCUCUGGAGGAAGCAGCCAGGCAGCACAGAAAGGACUUAGAACAACUCAAAGAAGAAAGAAUGUUAGCUGAGGAACUAUAUCGUAAGAGUAUAGAGCAACUGAACAAAGAAAAACAUCGUGACAUUAAUAUUGCCCUGAGUAUCACACAAAAAGAGAAUCAAAUUGAGAUUGAAAAACAGCUCAAAGAAGCAGAGGCCCUACAUCUUGAUGACCUGGAAAAAGUGAUGGCUACACUGAAAGCGGCAGAGGAACAGGUAAAGACUCUCACACAAAAACUGAAGAAGAUGACAGAGUGGAAGGACAGCCUGGAAACUGAAAUACAAAUAACAAGACAAGUUUUUCAGAAGUACAUUGAUGCCACAUUUCCUAAUCUGUCCUCUGGACAAGCAGAUUUUAUUCUGCCACUCAGAAAAGCAUUUCAACAGAACACCCCAGAAGAAGCAGAGGAAGUGCAAGGAAUGUUACAGGACUAGUAUUAGAAACGUGAGAUUCACAGCCAUGGGUAAACAGAACUACAAACAGGUGAUACUGAAAAAUAAAUUCAUCUCUGUUCACUGCAAUAUAUGAGUGUGGUUAGAAUGAUACAGAAAAAAAUCACCUCUACAGUCAAAAAUGAAGUGAUGAGCCAUGCUUGAGUCUGAGACUCAGCCUGCCUACACAUCUCAUUUGUCUGCCCUGUGUAAUAAGAC